AGGAGUCUUAAUAGGUCAGAGGUGGUGCAUUUCGCGUCAGCUCUGUAGGACUAUAAAGAGUCCUUGCAGUCAUCUGUGAGCCAUUAAAAUCUCAACUGAACUCUCCUGUGGACCACAAGAAAGGAAGUACUGAAAAGAUGAAACUGUAUCUCGCUGCAGCUGUGCUGAUGCUUGUGCUGGCCGCACACACAGAGGCCCAGGAGGACACACUGGAGCAGCGCUUCGCCAACUUCCAGAACCAGAUGAAAGAUAUGACAGAAGACCUCGCACAGAAGACCAAAGAAACAUUCGCUAAAGUUGAAAAUCACGAGUAUGUCGUUAAAACCAAGAACUGGUUAUCUGAGCAGUUUGAGAAGGUGAAGCAGAAAAUGUCAGAAACUUUCAAUUAAUGAAAACCGCUGACCUACAUCUCUACAACCAAUCAAUCACAUUCAGCCUUUUGUGUUGAUUGGCCCAAAUGUUACAAUUAACUCCACAAGGUUAUCAUCUGCGUGUCAUUUGUAAUCUGUACAACGUUGUUUUGUGGAAUGCUGUUAAAUAAGAAGAAAUGGAAAUGUACAGAAACAUCCUGGAUUUUUUUUUCAAAUGAAUAAACAGUUAAAUAAAAAACA